CAAAAAGCGCAGAACCGAUUGAAUUGAGCCCUCCAACUCAACGUGGGUCCAGACAACAGCAGAUAUUUUACAUUCCGGCGGCUACAAACGCAACGCCGUGAGGCUAAUCGGCAUCUGGGACCCGCCCUCCUCUUCGGUCUACCUUGCUACCUUUUCUUUUCUCAGAACUGUUUACCGUUCUUCCUCGCACGCCACAACGGAAGUUUUCUCACUCUUUAAAACACACUUUCUCUCCCUCUCUCUGAUCCCGAUAUGUCCGAGGUUCUUUUGCGGUUCCAUGUCAGUCCCAGAUUCCUUAGAGCCCGGACCCCACGUGAUUUCCUGCGACAACCACUUACGAAUCUCGUAGUUUCGGGCUCCAGAACACUUUCUCUGCCCAGAAAACACCAGGUUUUUCCCGCGAAAAUUGAUGUGAUUGGAGGGGAAUCUUCUUGGAAGCUAAGCGCUUGGACUCGGGAGGGUUCUUUGCAGGAGCUAGAUGAUUCGCCCGUGUCCGUGGAGCUCCACCCCAUAUGCAGCGAGACCCAGUUUGAUCGGGUUCUUGCGGAGGCCCAACAGCUCGAGGAAUCGAUCAUCAUUGUUUGGAUGGCAAGCUGGUGCAGAAAAUGUAUAUAUUUGAAACCCAAACUGGAAAAGUUGGCCGCAGAUUUCUACCCAAGGAUUCGGUUCUACCGUGUUGAUGUCAAUGCAGUUCCACACUCGCUUGUUUCUCGUGCUGGAGUCACUAUGCCUAUUAUACAGCUGUGGAAGGAUAGCAAGAAACAAGCUGAGUUGAUUGGUAGCCACAAAGCAUAUUUAGUUAUCAAUGAAGUCCGACAAAUGAUUGAAAAUGAGGGUACCGUGUAAGAAUUUUAGUACAGCAGGCAACCUUCUUUUUUCCUCAUUUUCCAUUUUAUGGUUGCAUGUAGAUGGAAUCAAAUUUGUAGUUUUUUGUCAUAAAAUUUUCCGUCAAUUUCUUUAGUAAAAAAAAAUUAUUCGUGUUUGCCAGUGCUUUGAUCUAGGAAAAGCAUAUACAAAGAGGUGUUUUAUGUCAGACAAUAUAGAAUUACCAUGUAACCUUCAAAAUAUAGCUGCUUGGACCA